AUGAAGUUCCUCGCACCUCUUCUCAUGCUAGCGGCCUCCGCCAUCGCUGCCCCAGUCGCCAAAACACCCAAGACCUUCCACCUAAAGACAACCAGCGCCACCAAGGCCGAACACAACGACCUCUACGUCUAUGGCUACCACACAGGCGCCGGCCUGAACGACGCAGUCCUGACCCAGGACGUCGGCACCGCCAGCUCAGCCUACCUAAACGGCACAAACGUCGUCUUCGACUACAAGACCGAAUUCCCGUGGGGGAUGAUCGCCGUUGGCAAUACAAACUAUGCCUCAUGGCAACCAAUUCAGAUCAACGCUGGUACGGGUACCGACGGGUUCUCCAUCGACAACGGUCUCUUGCAAUGGUCCGAGGAUAUGGGCUUUGGUGGCUGGCUCGUUUGCGACUGGUUCCACAAUGCGCCUCAGCUCUUCUACUUGUACAAGUACUACGACCCGAUCAUUCCCUCCAGCUGCAGCAAGGUCCAGGUGAAGGUCGAGUACCCCAAAUAA